UUCUACCGUAUUUUCUUAUAUUGCCAUUUAAUUUAGAGCUGCACUGAAAAGUUAAACUUAAAUAGCUUUUUAGAGUGGAUGUUAGAGCCAUAGAAGCUAUGUUACAUGAUCCAAUGGAUCUACUCAAAAUAUUAAACACGGAACCCCAAAGAACCCUAUUUAUAAACUGACCUCAAUGUAUUUGUGCGACCCACAUUCUGGCGGACAGGCAUGUGACAAUUCUGAGACGGUGCUUUUUGGGUCAUGAAUUGUGUACGUCCUCUUUAAAAUAAAUAUAUACUGAAAGCGGUCUAAUGUGAGCAUCAGCAGUGGGCAGAAAAUCCCUCGCACAAACAAACAAACGCUCCAGCUGCAGUCAACUCCCUGACUGACGUCAAGGUUUAAUUAUACUAAUGUCAACUAGGACUAAGUUUGAGCCUGUCAGUUCACAACUAAGCUGCCCCACUUCCUCCUUCUUGUGGCAUGUUUGUAAUAAAGCAAGGAGGCAACAACAAUGCAAGACCUCAACUUUUACAUCUCAUCUCCUGGUUGAAGAAGACCAUUGAUCUCGUCUUCCAAAUAUGUGUUGAUGACACCCAAGAUCAACCAGAACAAUCAUCUCUUUAUGUCUGUAAACACUCCAUACAUGACAGAACGUCGCAGAGGAAUGUUUUUCCAGGUCAACCAAUGGAAUGCUUGAAUAAAAAAAAAAGAAACCUGAAAUUCCAGUUGUUACCGAAGCUUCCAAGGUUUAUAUAAAAGCUGCUUCCCUUUUCUCGGUCUUACAGGAGCAGGUGCUGCACAGGUGAGAGGCUCUUUGUUUUCUGCAUGCGCCCAAAUCCCCAUGUGUUGCUUUUAUUUAUCUUUAAAUUGAUCAUGAAUGCUUCAUUUUUUUUAGUUUUUGACAAGAAAACCUUUAAUUUGUACAAAAACUAGCAUCUCAGUGUAACUUUUUUUUAAAGAAUUCUAGAUUUACAUUGUCACAGAAGUGUUUAAAGCCUUUUUUAAAUUUUUUUUCAGGUGUGGUAUCACUAUGUCAAAGAGCUCAAAGGGCCCCAGGACUCCAGGGAAUCCUGUGUUCUUCAGGACUUUAUCUGACGUCUCUGAGAUCAAAUCGGGAUACUUGUUUAAGUCUCCUCCUCAAAAGAGACUACUGGUAGAGAAAUCAUGGAAGAAGCGCUUCUUUGUCCUCUUCAAAAUCAGCGAGGACCAUCAUAAGCUGCUGUACUUCAGGAGUUCAGAUGAAAGGAAGGAGUCACUCGGAGACAUUGACUUGUCGCGAGUCUCUAUGCUGCACAGGAACCCGCAGCAUCAACCCAGAUGGGAAUGGGUCCAGAAGACCUUCAAAUGCUCCACAUCUUGUGCUCUCUACAUCAAGGAUGACAACCGGGAGUACUUUCUCAUCGGGGAAACCAGUGAAGAGAUGGACGGCUGGUUCAAUGUCCUGUUUGACGCUCUGAAACAUCGUCCGUUCAAAUUCCUCUCACCAACUGUAAUUUAAAGCUUUUUAUUGAAGAUUUUUCAUCUUUUCUGUGUCAUUGAUUUUUUUUGUCUGAAUGUUUUUUUAAGGAAAUAUCAAACGGGGAGC